AUGAGAUUAGAAAAAUUAGCAAAAUUAUCUUUCAGGUUUCCAACCAACGUACAGCCAUUAGAGAGGCGUUUCCAAUCAGGUCUUCUUGACGGCCGUAAUCGUCAAAGUGGUUAUAACGUUUCAUUUUCAGAGCGACACACCAGAAGAAGCUGGUAUCCAAAUAUUCAAAAUAAGCGUCUAUUCUCAGAUACUCUACAGGACUUUGUGAAGAUGAAAGUAUCUACAAAGGCCUUACGUAGUAUUGAUAGAUUUGGUGGUUUAGACAAUUACCUCCUCAAAACAAGCGAUGACAAACUCGGUUUAUAUGGUAGAGCAUUGCGGAGGUCUAUCCUCGACAAGCAGCUUGUUGGAAAACAAUAA